GUCUUGAAUUAUGAACUGAGCUAUGAACUGAGCUCUUGUCUGUUAUUUUGGUAUACACACUGUCUCAUCAGCUUCCAUAGGUUCAACUGUCAUUUUAGAUAGCUCCCAAAUUACCCAUCUAGCUGUCCUUUUUUUCCCAGGGUCCAGGCCUAUAUAUCCAACUGCUUGCAAAAUAACUCUAUCCCAUCCUAAUGUCUAUCUCAUAGACAUCUCAAAUUGAAGGUACCACCAUCCUGUCAGUCAACCACCAUUAGCAAUAUUAGUUAUCCUGAGUCCUUCCCUCUUAAAAUCUCCAUAUUUUGUUAAUUGACAGGUCUUAACCAAUUCUCCUCUAGUACCUCUUCUUAUCUCUCCACUUACACAGCUACCACCCUAGUUCAGGCCCUCAUCAUUUCCCACCUGGAUUAUUGUAAGAGUUAAUCUCCCCUUUCUAAUCCAUCUUUCAUAAUGUCCAGCUCUCUUAUUUCUCUACAGAGAAGGAACAAGUUCCAGAGAGGUUAAAUGGCUCACACAGUGUCACCCAGCCAUGACUAAAAGAGAAGCAGAAGAGCUGAUAGAAAUUGAAAUUGAUGGAACAGAGAAACAAGAAUGCACAGAAGAAAGCAUUGUAGAGCAGACCUACACUCCUGCAGAAUGUGUGAGUCAGGCCAUAGACAUCAAUGAACCAAUAGGGAAUCUUAAGAAACUACUGGAACCAAGACUUCAGUGUUCAUUGGAUGCACAUGAAAUUUGCCUGCAAGAUAUUCAGCUGGAUCCAGACCGAAGUUUAUUUGAUCAAGGAGUAAAGACUGAUGGAACUGUUCAACUUAGUGUACAAGUCAUCUCUUAUCAAGGGAUAGAACCCAAGUUAAAUAUCCUUGAAAUUGUUAAACCUGCUGAAACUGUUGAAGUUGUUAUUGACCCAGAUGCCCACCAUGCUGAAGCUGAAGCACAUCUUGUGGAGGAAGCUCAAGUAAUAACCCUUGAUGGCACUAAGCAUAUUGCAACAAUUUCAGAUGAAACCUCCGAACAAGUGACAAGAUGGGCUGCUGCACUUGAGGGUUAUAGGAAAGAGCAAGAACGCCUUGGAAUACCCUAUGAUCCCAUACAGUGGUCAACAGACCAAGUCCUUCAUUGGGUAGUUUGGGUAAUGAAGGAAUUCAGUAUGACUGAUAUAGACCUACCUACACUAAGCAUUUCAGGAAGAGAAUUGUGUAGUCUCAAUCAAGAGGAUUUUUUCCAGAGGGUCCCACGAGGAGAAAUUCUGUGGAGUCAUCUGGAGCUCCUUCGAAAAUAUGUAUUGGCUAGCCAAGAACAACACAUGGGUGAAAUAGCAACAGUUACUAUUGAUCAACCUGUUCAGAUUAUACCAGCAUCAGUACAGCCCACCACACCAACCACCAUUAAAGUUAUAAAUAGUAGUGCAAAGACAGCUAAAGUACAAAGAGCACCACGAAUUUCUGGAGAGGAUAGAAGUUCACCUGGAAACAGAACUGGAAAUAAUGGACAGAUUCAACUAUGGCAGUUUUUGUUGGAACUUCUUACUGACAAAGAUGCUCGAGACUGCAUUUCCUGGGUUGGAGACGAAGGAGAGUUUAAGCUAAAUCAGCCUGAAUUGGUAGCACAAAAAUGGGGACAACGCAAAAAUAAGCCUACUAUGAACUAUGAGAAGCUUAGUCGGGCUUUAAGGUAUUACUAUGAUGGAGACAUGAUCUGUAAAGUACAAGGCAAGAGGUUUGUGUACAAGUUUGUUUGUGAUUUGAAGACUCUUAUUGGAUACAGUGCAGCAGAGUUGAACCGUUUGGUUACAGAGUGUGAACAAAAGAAACUUGCAAAGAUGCAGCUUCAUGGUAUUGCACAGCCGGUCACAGCAGUUGCAUUAGCUACUGCUUCUCUGCAAACAGAAAAAGAUAAUUGAGCCCGGGACCUUAGAAGCAUGAGGCCUUUUUGAAUAGUUAAAACAAGCAUUGCUCUUUGUUACAGAAUCUGAAGCUUCUUUUAUUUGUAGACAGUACAAUCUGAUGCAUGAUUUUUUUACAGAGAUUUCAGACUAUUGUGAAUUUGGAUCUUUUUACUUUGAGCAUAUAUUUCAGUGUAUGCAUAUGUAUGUGUUAAGGGAUUAACACAAUGUCUUCAGUGUGAAGGCUGUCCCGCUGUGGUUGAUAGUUGGAUAUCUGUCAGGAAAGCUAAAUCUGGUCAGUAUUAAUUAAAAAAAAAUUUGUAGUAGCAUCUAAAGAAGAAAAGUACAUGAAGAAUUUACAGGAAACAGUCUAGGGUAUACUUUAAUAAUUUUGGAAAAUGUGACUGUUUCUCCUCUCUGCUAUCUUAGAUGUUACUUUAAUUAAAACUACAGAAUGGAAUUUCCACCACUAGUGCAUGUAUGCCUGUUAGUUUCAUCUGAUCAAACAACUGAAAUAAGAGAUGUUAUAAAGAAGUUGAAUAAAUUACUAAACUUGC